AUGGCAAGCACCCUUCCGCGCCGCAUCGUAAAGGAAACCCAACGGUUGCUAGCAGAGCCUGUGGCUGGAAUUAGCGCUACUCCAUACGAAGAUAAUUUACGCUAUUUUCAAGUGGUAAUCGCUGGUCCGCAGUCGUCACCAUACGAGCAUGGAAUUUUUAAGCUGGAAUUGUUUCUGCCAGUGGACUAUCCCAUGGCUCCUCCUAAAGUGCGCUUUCUUACGCGUAUCUAUCAUCCAAAUAUUGACAAGCUAGGCCGUAUCUGUCUCGACAUUCUCAAGGACAAGUGGUCCCCUGCUUUGCAAAUCCGCACAGUGCUGCUGAGCAUCCAAGCUCUUCUUUCUGCGCCAAAUCCAGAUGAUCCAUUGGCAAAUGAUGUUGCGGAUCACUGGAAAACGGAUGAGGCCGGAGCUGUGCACACGGCCGCGGAGUGGACUCGUCGCUAUGCUUAA